UUCCGCGGCUGUUUACUGCGUGUGGGUCAGGGAGAGGACACGCCGCGUCUGCUGGACUCCACGUUUUUCCUUCUGGGGUAUAAAACAACUCCCAGAACAGCGUUUCGCUCAUAUUUAUGCGGCAGGAGGAAUUCGAGCGCUAUGCCGGUUUAAUAACCGGCUCAGUAAAGUGGACAUUGUGAAAAUGCGUCUUUGUCCCUCCGCUCGAAAGGACACGAGCGUUUGAUCAACAUCCCUGUCCUCAGGUCAGCUGGAGGUGAGAUGGAGAGGGACACUCAGCCCUGCUUCAUGUCUGACCACGAAGGCUUCUGUGGCAGCAUCAAGAACUCCACCCGGGACUUCGUGGUCACUGAAUUAGACGUCCAGGGGCGACCUGUGACCAGCACAGGUAGACCAGAGGUGGCUGAAGUCAGACAGGGCUCCAGAAAAGCCGGCACUGCUGGCGUGACCACUGUGGUUCAGAAUGGGGAUGGAGUUUUGAGCCAGGAGGGGUUUGACCUGAGUGCCAUACUGGGCUCUUCAGUGCAUGAGGCACUGGGAGGGUUUGCCAGCAGAACUGUGGCAUGUGUUGAGGAGCAGAAGGAGGACACUGAAAUGGCCCUUGGCACCUUCCCUGAGAAGCAGCAGCGAGCCAGUGUGCACAGAGCAGUGAGGCAUAACUACCCCUUUCUAAUGACGGUCACCCGCCAGACGGGGAUCCUGGUCAAGGUGGACCCAGACUUCAGAGAGCUAUCGCAGCUGGUCUCUGAGGGGGAGGCGGAGGACUUCUUCAGGUUCAUAGAUGCUAAAGUUCCUGGCUCUGUCUUCACCUUCUUGCCCGACGACAGCAAGGAACACCGGACGUCCGUCCACCACUUCAUCAGCAGGAGGUUUGGGAAGCUGGUGGAGACGAAGAGCUUUGCAGAGCAGGACCAGACUGCCAUUGCAGUGAGGCUGAGAGAGAAAGGAAACCAGGGCAAGAAGAGCGGGAAGAGGUCGGCCUCAGACCGUGAAGAACAGGCGGAGAUCUACUCAGGUUUCACACUGAAAAAAGAAAACCUUGAGACUCUGGAGGCCAUUAGCUACAUGGCAGCAGUGCUUGGAGUUCUUCCAUCUGAUUUCUCCUAUGCUGGUAUCAAAGACAAAAGGGCCAUCACCUACCAGUCCAUGGUAGUGAAGAAGAUCUCAGCAGAGAGGUUGCUGGAGAAGGCCUCAGAGUUUGAGAGGAGAGGAAUGCAGCUGUCUAAUAUCCAUCCAGCGUCCGAACCGCUUCGACUCGGGAGGCUACAGGGCAACCACUUUGACCUCGUCAUCCGGGACCUGAAGCCUCAUGGGAAAUGUAGUUCAUCAGACCUGGAAGCGCUUGUGAAAGCGGCUGUGGAGAAUGUGAAGGCGCGGGGCUUUGUGAAUUUUUACGGACCUCAGAGGUUUGGAAAUAGCCAGACUGUUCAAGCUGACCAGGUUGGCCUUGCACUUCUGAAGGAAGACAUGGUUACUGCUGUCCGGUUGUUUCUGAGCCCAGAGGAAGGCGAAGACCUCCAGAACAAAGCGAAGCGGCACUUUCUCCGCACAGGCAAUGCCAAAGAGAGCCUGCUGCUGAUGCCUGCAUAUAAAGCUAGAGAGAGGCUGAUGCUGCGGGCACUGCACCGUUACGGCAGCGGUCAAGAGGGCUGCGGGCGAGCCUGGCUCAGCCUGCCCCACGGCAUGAGGGUCUUCUACCUGCAUGCUUACUGCAGCCGCCUGUGGAACGAGGCAGCCUCCUACAGGCUGAACACGCUGCCACACUGGCCUGUGCAGGGAGAUCUGGUGUGCACCAGGCCCCAGAGAGAUGCCUCAGCAACAGAAGAAUCUGACGCAGCUCAGGUCCAUGUUGUCACCCAUGCAGAAGAAAAAGACAAUGCCUUUUCAUUGAAACAGGUGGUCCUCCCCAUGCCAGGCAACAGCGUGAAGUAUCCAGAGAACGUUCUUGGCAAGUGGUAUCAGGACCGGCUGGCGCAGGACAGUCUUAGUUCAUGCCGAUUCAGAAUCACCUCGCUCAAGCUCAACGUUCCUGGAUGCUACCGCCCCCUAUUGGCACAUCCUCAUGACGUCACCUAUAGCCUCUGUGUUAAAGAGGAGCCGCAGGUCACGGGGCCAUCACCCCCUCACUCCACAGCCAGCUUGACACUGUCUUUUGAUUUGGAUUCGUCCUGCUACGCCACAGUCUGCCUCAGGGAAAUCAUGAAGUGUGAGCCUUAGGAACUUAUAAAACUGUUUUACUUUGUGUUUGUAAUCUCAGACUGCAGGCUGACUUCAGACGUCGGGUUUGGGAAACAGGCCACCGUCAAACACACUUGGAAGGACUGAAUUCCUUCAGUUUGGUGCAACUUUAUUUAAUGGCCACUAGAUGGGGUGAACGCAUAACAUGCCAUUAGCAGAAAUAGACCUGCUUUGAGUGAACAAGAGGACAGAUUUCCAGCUUUUAUGGUGUUUUCUGAGAGACAUUUAUGCCAAUAUAAUACACAGUAAAAAUUCCUUUGUUUUACUGUACAAUAUAUUUUCAUUUUACUUGUCAGAAGCACUUCUACAUAUGAAACUCUGUGGUCCAACAUUAUUGUACUGUUACUGACUUAAGUUAACAUGGUCAUGGCUUACAUAGUCACUAUAGGAGAGAUAUCAGAUAGUAGUAUACUGGAUUUUUAGAAAGUGUUGAAAUUGCUUUUUUUUAUUUUCCCCAAGAGGUACCACAGCUGUAUUCUCUCAAAACGCACCUCUUUAAAAUUGCACAGCAGUGUUUCAGUAGAUGGAUGCUUAAUUAUAAAAUGUGAGGCCUGUAGAGCACAAGAA